AUGACGGACUCAAAAUACUUCACAACCACCAAAAAGGGUGAAAUUUUUGAACUGAAAACUGAGCUGAAUUCCGACAAAAAAGAAAAGAAGCGGGAAGCCGUCAAAAAGGUUAUUGCAAGUAUGACUGUUGGGAAGGAUGUAAGUGCGCUAUUUCCCGACGUGGUCAAUUGUAUGCAAACAGAUAAUGUAGAAUUGAAGAAGCUCGUUUACCUCUACCUGAUGAAUUACGCGAAAAGUCAACCAGAUUUAGCCAUAAUGGCUGUCAACACUUUCGUUAAGGACUGCGAAGAUCCAAACCCUCUAAUUCGAGCCCUCGCAGUGCGCACAAUGGGUUGUAUUCGUGUCGAGAAGAUUACCGAGUAUUUGUGUGAGCCACUACGAAAAUGCAUGAAGGAUGAAGAUCCUUACGUACGCAAGACGGCAGCUGUGUGCGUGGCCAAACUUCAUGAUAUGAAUCCUAAACUUGUGGAAGAGCAAGGUUUUGUGGAGUUACUGAAUGAUUUACUGUCGGAUGCGAAUCCCAUGGUGGUUGCUAAUGCGGUCGCUGCGUUGACUGAAAUAAACGAACAACGACCGCUUAUCGAGGUUAAUAGUCAAAUGGUGAACAAGCUACUGACUGCCCUCAAUGAAUGUACGGAGUGGGGACAGGUAUUUAUUUUGGAUGCGUUAGCCAGCUAUAGGCCACGAGAUGAACGAGAGGCGCAGAAUAUUUGUGAGCGAAUUUCCCCUCGUCUCGCUCAUGCCAAUGCCGCUGUGGUCCUCUCCACUGUGAAGGUGCUGAUGAAAUUGGUCGAUAUGUUGCCGCCAGAUUCAGAGUUCAUCAAUCAAUUAACAAAGAAGCUAGCGCCACCUAUGGUCACGUUGCUAUCUGCAGAGCCAGAGAUUCAAUACGUUGCCCUGCGUAACAUCAAUCUCAUCGUUCAGAAAAGGCCAGAGAUUUUGAAACAGGAAAUGAAGGUGUUCUUCGUCAAGUAUAAUGACCCUAUUUAUGUGAAAAUGGAGAAACUCGAUAUUAUGAUUCGUCUUGCUCAGCAGAACAACAUUGCUCAAGUGCUUAGUGAACUUAAAGAGUACGCUACCGAGGUGGACGUUGAUUUUGUGCGCAAAUCAGUAAGGGCCAUUGGCAGAUGUGCCAUAAAGGUGGAAGCAAGUAGCGAACGUUGUGUUGCCACUUUGCUUGAACUAAUCCAGACGAAGGUGAACUAUGUGGUCCAGGAAGCUGUAGUUGUCAUAAAGGAUAUCUUCCGCAAAUAUCCUAAUCGUUAUGAAAGUAUUAUCUCUACUUUGUGUGAGAACCUGGAUACAUUAGACGAACCUGAGGCUCGUGCCUCUAUGAUAUGGAUUAUUGGUGAGUAUGCUGAAAGAAUCGAUAAUGCUGACGAGCUACUGGAGAGUUUCGUUGAAGGUUUCCACGACGAAAACACUCAGGUGCAAUUACAAUUGCUUACUGCAGUUGUGAAAUUAUUCCUGAAACGUCCAGCUGACACACAGCAGCUGGUUCAACGUGUUUUAUCUCUCGCUACACAGGAUAGUGAUAAUCCCGAUCUAAGAGAUCGCGGAUAUAUUUACUGGCGUCUGUUGUCAGCCGAUCCAGCUGCAGCUAAGCAAGUUGUUCUGGCCGAAAAGCCGUUAAUUUCGGAGGAAACGGACCUCUUGGAACCAUCUUUGCUUGACCAGCUCGUUUGUCACAUUGGAAGUUUGGCAUCUGUCUAUCAUAAACCACCUUCCUCAUUCGUUGAUGGUGCAAGGCAACCUUUGCGAGCAGGAACAGGCGCCUCUAAUGGCCAGUCGUCGAUUGAUUCGAGCGGUGGAGCUGCACCAGGUCUAGUUCGAAACACCGCUCCUACAGUGAUUCCUUCCCAAGAUACCCUCAUCGCAGACCUGCUCUCCCUGGAUAUCUCUGCGCCUAUGGGAGGACCGAUGAAUACAAUGCCAAGUUAUGCACCGAUGUCGACGUCUGGUGGCCUUGAUGACCUACUAGGUCUAGGAGGUCCUUCUCUCGUUGAACCUGCCACAGCUCCCGUUGCCAGUAACUUCGAUCCUCUCGCCAGCCUAGGCCUUGGAGCUCCUCCUGCGCCAUCAGGGUUGUCCCUGGGUGGAGCUCCAGCAAGGGACGAUUUUUUUUCUUCAGGUGGUCUCGGUGAUAUCUUUGGCGGCGGGUUGGGUUUAGUGGACACCAGCUCUGGUUACCAAGCACCGAAACAGUUAUGGCUUGAUGCAGCCAAAGCCAAAGGUCUGCAACUCGAGGGAACAUUUGCCCGCCGUGGUGGAAACAUUAUGAUGGAGAUGACUCUGACCAAUAAGGCAAUGCAACCUCUUUCUGGAUUUGCUAUUCAGUUCAAUAGGAACUCGUUCGGCUUAGCUCCAGCUGAACCUCUUCGCGUUCCUUCUCCACUUAUGCCAGGGCAGAACGUCACUGUUACGCUGCGUUGUGAUACUUCUGGUGGUGUGCAAAAGAUGGAACCGCUUACCAACCUACAGGUUAUUUUAUUGCUUGCAUUUUCAACUUGUCGCUGGAAGUCUUUUCAUAGAACCACUCGAAUUCUUUACCGAUGA